AUGUACAAAGUGAUCAAUAUUUUAUUGAUUUUAUCAUCUUUCUAUGCACACAACAUACGAGCUGAUUUAACGCCUUCAAGUGCGAGUACAUCGUAUGUGAAUCCAUUGACGGAUUCAACUGAACAAGGAAGUCACACGUCUUCAUCUUCAUCAGUGUUCCCUGUGAAUUAUAAUCCAAUUGGUCAAUGUAAUCCGCCAUGUUUAAAUAAUGGGACAUGUCGUCUGGAUGAUGGGAAUGGUGAAAGUUACUGUGUCUGUACACCGGAUUUCAAGGGUGUUAACUGCAAGGAAGAAUCUGAAGAUGCUCUAUUGACUUGUGAAGAAUCAACUUGUAAAUAUGGUGGAAUGUGUACAGGGACAAAAAAAUUACCCAGAUGUUUAUGCAAAGAACAUAUUCGUGGAAAAAGAUGUGAAAGACAUGAUUUAGUCUAUGGUGUGGAUUUCAAAGUGUAUGAAAACGGCGUGGAAGCUAUUUGGCAUAAAGACUACGAAGAUACAUCUAGUAUGCAAUGCACUAAAAAUGCUAAAAAUAUUUGCAAACUUCUACAUUUAGCUAUAACAAGAGGACGUCAUGCCUGGCUUUCAAGUUCAUUUAUUGAUUGUAACCUUAAAAAUUAUCAGAAAAAUUCAGGUGUAAUUAUCACUGUGAAUUUAGUACUGGAUAUUGCAUUAGAUAUGAUUACAAAUAUAUCUACAAAUAUAAUUGAAGAACAAAUUGUCACUGGUCUACAAACACUUGACAGAAAUUUGACAGAAUUACAAACAAUUUCAAUGAAUGAAUUAAUUGGCGGGAAAAUAACCGGUUUCAAAGUUUACGUUAUCGAUCCAUGUGUAACUGGCAAUCAUGAUUGUUCAAUGAACGCCAAAUGUGUUAGUCGACCAGAAGGAACUUAUACAUGUGUAUGCAAUGCCUUUACAAUUGAUGCAUCAAUGGACGCUAAUUAUCCUGGACGACGUUGUCUAUAUGAUGGAUUGAUCAUCUUCGCUUUCGCCAUUGUCGGAGGUUUAAUCUGUACUUUUACUGUCCUGAUUUGUGGUUGCCGCCGAACAAUAUGGCGAAGAUAUCGACAUGGACCAGAAUCGAUCGAUUUAA